AUGCAAUACGCGCUCAUCUUCUUGCUCCCCUUGACUCUCCUCCUCGUCCACAUCGUCGGCUGUCUCCGGCUCCGGCAUGCACCGACGCGCAAGGCAGCCUACGCGCGGCUCGCCGCCUUCAGGUCGGCGCUCCUAAGCAAGCUCCCCACUCUCGGCCUCGGCCGGCCGGAUGUUUACGUCACCGACCGUUUCGCCGCGCACCGCCUCCUCGUUCGCGGCGCCGCCGCCGGCGGCGCGUUCUCGGACUGCCCUCCGUCCAUCGUGCCCAGCGCCGUGCUCUCGCGCCGCCGCCACUACAACAUCAACUCGGCGCCGUACGGCCCGCUCUGGCGCGCCGUCUGCCGCAACCUCACCGUCAAGAUCCUCCACCCGUCGCGCCUCCGCCGCUACGCCCGACGCCGCGCGCUCGGCGAUCUCGUCGCGGACCUUGACCGGCAGCGCUCGUCCGGCUCCGGCGGAGUGGUGCUCGCCGCCGAGAGCCUGGGCGAAGCCAUGUUCGGCCUGCUGGCCGCGAUGUGCUUCGGCGGCGGCGUCGAUGUGCUAGCCCGGCGUCGAUGUGCUAGCCCGGCGUCGAUGUGCUCCGAUGUGCUGGCCUAG